UAUACAAAAAAUUCAAAACUUACAGAACCACCUCAAUAGCAUGACUCAUGUGCAAGCAAGUUGAAGCCUCUCCCUCCAAAUUAUAUAUUCUCUCUUUCAUCUUCACACUUUUUCUCACCACAACACAAUCAACAAAAAAACUCCAUUCUCUCUCUCUCUCUAUCUAUCUUUCUUUCUCUCUCUAAACUUCAUAUUUUCAGGAUAUGCUAAAAGUCGAUAUAGAAACACUCGUUUCAGCUUGUGCCGGCGGUUCUACUGAUCGGAAAAUCGCCUGCGAGUCACAAGCCGACGAUCACAAAACGGAUCCACCGGUGCGAAUUCCCGAUUCUCCGCCGGAGUCAUUUUACCUCUCCAAAGAUGAAGAAACCGAGUGGCUGGAUCGAAACUUCGUCUACGAACGCAAAGAAUCCACCAAAGGAAACUCAAAUUCUGGAAACCUAAACCCUAACUCAACCUCCAACACGAGCACGAACUCUCAACGUUUCGCGAAUCUCAAAUCCAAGACUUCGAUGAUUGGCUUGCCUAAGCCUCAGAAACCUUCCUUCAUUGACGCUAAGAAUCGUCGCAACAAUAAGCCUAGCAACAUUAAGCUGUUUCCGAAGCGGACCGCCUCCGUCGGGAAAUCAUUCGCCGAACCUUCUUCACCGAAGGUUUCCUGUAUGGGAAGAGUCAGAUCUAAACGCGGCAGAACUUCCUCCGCCGCCGCCGCCGCAGUUAAAGAAAGCUCGCCGAGAACCGAGAAAAAACGCGGUUUCUUUGGAAGCUUACGGUCAAUUUUCCGCUCCGGUGGAAGAAAUAAACCGGACCGGAGAACUGAUUCUCCGGCAAUGGAUUCAACUGCGACCAACACGAACGGCGUGAGUAAUUCAAAAGCGCGUGACAGCACGGCGAGCUUAAACGACGUAUCGUUUGUGGAGUCUGUAUCGAGAAACAGCAUCUCGGAGAGUGAACCGCUCGGUUUAGGUGGGAUGAACCGGUUCAAGUCAGGGCGGCGGUCUGACUCGUGGGGAGGAGAUGAUUCUGAAAUCCACGUGUCACGAUAACAUUCGUUUUUAGUAACGGUUCCGUUACGUUACGCGACGGCUACAACGAAGUGGGGCCCAUCGGGUUUGCGAGUCAGUGGAGUCAGUAAAUGAUAAACAUCACGCGACUCGCGAGUCACUCGCGUGGGGCCCAAGCGUAUGUAAAAAAGUGAAUGACGUGGCGCGUUGAAUAACAAUAUAUGCGACUCGACUGUUAUUGUUGGCAAACCUUUUUUUCCAAUUUUUUUAUAUUGUUAUUAAAUUUGCUGUUAAUAUACAAGAGACAUGAGUGUUUUUAUAUUGUGGAGUUGUUGAUUUUGAAAUACUAGUUUCAAUAAUUAUAUUACUUUUUUGGA